CGCCAGGUCCAGCAACCAUGCCGUCCGAAGCGCUUCCCUCCACCAACGAGCGCGAGUUCGUUCUCUCUGCCCUCCAGCAGAAUGUCCGCAUCGAUGGCCGCGCCUUUGACGAAUUUCGCCCCAUCGAUCUCGCGUUCGGCGACGACUAUGGCCAAGCAGAUGUCCGCAUGGGCAAGACGCGAGUGCUUGUGAACAUUUCCGCAGAAGUGAUCACCCCAUACCCAGACAGGAAAUUUGAUGGAGUCUUUACAAUCAGUACCGAGCUGAGCCCCAUUGCGAGCCCAGCUUUCGAGGUUGGACGUCAAGACCAGACUGAGCUCCUGAUGAGCCGGAUACUUGAGAAGACGAUUCGAAGGUCAGGAGCAUUGGAUACUGAGAGUCUGUGCAUCGUGGCAGGACAGAAAUGCUUUCACAUCCGAGCGGACAUCCACGUUUUGGAUCAUGAUGGCAAUCUGGUCGAUGCGAGCUGUGUAGCACUGGUCGCUGCGCUGAUGCACUUCAGAAGGCCAGAUGUGGAAGUCCGAGGAGAAGAAGUUACAGUGUUCGGUCUAAGGGAACGAGAACCUGUCAAGCUAUCGAUGCAACACCAGCCCUUCUGUAUCACAACGAGUUACUACGAAGGUGGAGAGGUCAUGUUACAGGAUGCUACAUUACUUGAGGAACACUGCAGAGAAGGUGAGAUUAUCAUCAGCAUCAAUCGGUUCGGCGAAGUCUGUCAGGUUGCCAAGUAUGGAGGGACGCCGGUCGAUGGGCUAAGCAUGCUCACUUGCACCAAUGCAGCUCUGGAGAAGGCGAAGAUGUUAGACAAGCUGGUCAAGUCAAAAUUGGAAGAAGACGAGAAGCAGCGGUUUCCUGGCGGACUCAUGGCCGAACUGAGUGCGGAGAAUGAUCGGGUUCAGGAAAAGCCUGUAGGCUGAGAUUGUCAGCGCGACAGGCGCUCGACUUCGCGAAGCGCCCUCAAUUGAUACGCGACCUGGCUGCGAGAUGUUACCUGCAUUUCGCAUUAACGAAGAGCGACUGCUCGAGAGAAUGGGCCAGAGAGUUGCCAUAUCCGCCUUCAGGUUAUGACAUUGAAUGAUGCGUGGCAACACCCGGACAGCGCAAUCAUAAGGUAGCAACAUCACAGUCACUCCGCCACCACGACCGUGCUUACGCCGUGGAGCAACCCCAAAAUCUCAAGCAGGCUAUCUGGCCCCGCUUCAAGACGCAGCUCUUGGGUUCGAGUGAACAAGAUAGCAUUCAUAGAUGGAUAUGGAACUCGCUGCAAGCGGAAACAACUGAAGAGGCCAGAGGCGAAUAGCUACAACACAACGGCAAGACUGCUAGACCUGCAGUGCAUCAUGGCAGAGCCCUCGACAAGAGUGAGGCCACCAGGAAUUCAUCAAGCCGUCUUCGCAAAACACGUAGUGCUUCAUCACAGGCCAGAAUGUUCACUUUCACAAGACUGAGGAUUCCCACAAAUUCACCCUCUAUCACUUGAUCAUUAAGUUCCGCGGCUCGCAAGCUUCGACACUGCCUCGAACCUCAGCUCUCGACUUCGACUUCGACAUCAACAACUCCAACAACAACUUCAAUCGAUAAUGCCAAACUCAACCACCUUCCACAGGCUCUUGCCUCAUGUCACUGGAUGAAGUUUCACCCCCCAGCGCCCUCCUACCAGCCACGAUUCACAACU